AUUGUCAAUGUUAGAAGUUAAAAAUAUGAUGAAGUAGGGUACAUGAAAGGUUUUGUUUUUUCAAAUUAUCACCAUGUGAACCGCUAAUAUUACACCCAUUUAUACGUGCAUUGAAAUACCUAAUCAAUAUAACACAUAAAUUCAACGGUACAAGAUGCAACCGUUAUCAGAAAAUUUCACCAAUGUCCCAGCUUUCCUAACAAAGUUGUGGAAAAUGGUAUCAGAUUCCAAGACAGACCAUCUUAUCUGUUGGAGUCCCAAUGGAAAUAGUUUCAUUAUACUAAAUCAAGUUCAGUUUUGGUAUGAGUUACUACCUUUGUAUUAUAAACAUAAUAAUAUGAGUAGUUUUGUGAGGCAACUGAAUAUGUAUGGAUUCCAUAAAGUAUCGUCUGUUGAGAAUAGUCCGAUAGCUGAAGGAGAAAAAGAUGAGGUCCAAUUUUUUCAUCCUUAUUUUCAAAAAGGAAAUCCUGAGUUGCUGAAAAUGAUCAAACGAAAAGUAACCGUAUCAAAACAAACUGAAAAUGGAAACCAAGUAAUGAAAAAUGAAGAUCUGACCAAAGUUUUAUCAGACGUUAAGCAACUUAGAGGACGUCAGGCUAAUGUUGAUAGUCAAUUAGCCGCAAUGAAGCAAGAAAAUGCCGUUUUGUGGAGAGAACUUGCUGUUUUGAGACAGAAACAUUCAAAACAGCAACAAAUCGUAAAUAAACUUAUACAAUUUUUGGUGUCGAUGGUUCAUCCAGGUGGAAAUAGAAUGGGAGUUGGCGUUAAAAGACACUAUCCUCUGAUGUUAAGAGGAACACCCAGUAAACGGAUGAAAAGAAAUAAUAAAACCAAAAAUGAUGGUCCCACAAUUCAUGAACUUGAUAAUGAAGUAGAAAUUGAAAAUACAGUCGCACCAGAAGAGCUCCUCACAACUUCUGAUAAUGAAGAAAGUGAUUUACCUCUGAUAUACAACAGAUCUCCUACUCCAAGUUCGGUACCAUCUUUAGGAGUUGUAUCUCCACUAUCCACUAUAAGUAUUGACUUGACCAAUGAGUUAAUGGGUGAAGCUGAUACAUCGUCAACAGAAAAGCAAUUGCAAACUGUAGAUGCUACAUCAACAGAGAAUAAUAAAGAAUCUUAUUGGAACAAGUCUGGGUAUAUGCUAGUAGCUGAUAAUGAAGCAAGACCCUCACCAAAUGAAAUUCUAACAGAGGAGGAUAUACCAGAAGAUCCAAUUCUUAAAAUUUUGGAUGAUAAUAUUGCCAAUACUUCAAAGCCUGACGAUAUUCAGGCAAAAGUUUUUCUAAAUCCAUCAUCCCAAAAUACGUUACUUAGUAAUUUUACAAAUGGUGUUAACAAUGUGAACAAAGUUGCUAAUGGUAGUAAAAAUCAGGCUCAAAGCAGUAGAGUCAAGAGCCCUAUUAAAGUUGAGGAACAAAAUGAAAAUAAUGUAACUGAUAACACUAUAGCCAUCUCUACAAGAAACACUGAAGGGCCUGGAAGAGUAGUAAGUGGUACUGAUGAUUGUUCUAGCGGAGAACUUGGAUCCAUUUUAGAAAAUAAUCAAACCGAAAUUGACCUCUGCAAAGAUUUACUCCAUGGUUGUGGAAUGUUCGAUCCCAGUAUGAUUUUAGGGGAUAUCAGCAGGAUGCCUUUUUAUCAACCUGAUUAUGCUCUUUUCAAUGAAGGGGCAUCAGAAUAUGGAUUAUCCUUUUCACAAGACGAGCUUAAUCAAAAUUCUGGCGAUCCAAUGGUUUCGGGCCAAGAAAUUGCCACAUACCCAAUGUUGCCUUUGGAUCAAUUGUUUGAUGAUUCUUUGAACAACACCGAUAUCGUUGAUGACAUCAUAGAUGAUGACUUACCAUCUGAACUCAAUACUCCUCAAGUGUCCGACUUCAAACCAAGUUUUCCAAUAGAUAAAUCUUAAUUUUCUUGGGGGUCAUCAUUGUAUCUGGGAGAAUCAAAAUCAGUAGGUUAAUUUUAAGGUUAACUAUUGUUAAGUAUCCAUGCAUAGUAAUAACAAAUUAAUUCCUUGUUUUUGUUAAAUCAUGUUAAUGGUAUAGUUUACUGAUAUCUAAUGAAUUUGUUGAUUAUCGAAAAGAUUGUUUUUGAGACACUGAAUCCAGUUCGGUUAUACUUAACAUCACAAUACACUUGGAUGUAUUUUUUAUAGUUCAGCUGAAACUUUCUUUUUAUCAAAUAAUUGUAAUUGAUGGAAUACAAUUGUUGAAAUAUACAGAUUAUAAUGACUUGAAUAUAAAAAUUCCCCAAUGUACAAACCUUCAGAUGACUGAAUCGUUAAUAUCUUUUACCUAAAUAGGAUUAGUAAAGUAUUCUUUGCAGAUAUUAAUUUAAAAGCGGAAAUGAUUAGUUUUUUCGAAGUCUGGUUUACCUAUACAAUUCAUUUAUUGAUAUUCAUAAGAACCGAUUCAUUGAUUCAUUCUCUUUUGAUAUAUUUUGAAUGCCCACAAUAUAUGAUAGUCGAUUGAAAUUGUAUGAUUUAAUUUAUAUUUAAAAAAAAAAUUCUAGUCUGAUAAUAUUUUGGAGGAAAAAUAGAACUAUUCGUUGCAUGUUUGGUAGCCAAACGAUACUACUGUUUGGGCAAGUUUUGUUGCCAGUUUUUAAUGUUAUCAUUUGAAUCCUCACAAAUUAUUUCUGUGAAAAAUACUUCAGAAAUUGAAAAAUAUUCAAGAAUGUUUUCUUUAUACUUUUUGUAUUUCGAGCUGCAAGUAUUCCAUCAAAUCGAAUUUGCUAGCUGAUUUAAGCUUUAUUUAGAAGAUGGUAGUAUAAUCGGUUAAAUGAAGUAGAAAGGAAACUUGAAUACCUCAUAUUAUGCUAGGGUAGGAGCUUUAGUCAAUUAUUAUAUCAUGUUAUCAAUGAAAAAAGUAUUUUAUCAAGGAUACCCAAUAAUUAUGUCUCUUGUUGCAAUUCAUUGGAUGUACUUAUAUUACCUGGGACAGUGAAGGUAGCUACUUCUGUACUUGGCUACAUAUGUAUUAAAACCUUUAAAUGGAUUCAGUUCGAAUUAAUAGGAAUGCAAAUUUUAUUUCAUCAUCACUGAAAAUGUUUUUGAUGUGAAACUGUAUAUAAUGGAAAUUUAUAUGGAAAAAGAUAUUUUUGAUAAAAGCAUCUCGAUGGAUUUUAGAAAAUAUGCCUUCGUUAUCUCAAUAGUAAGCAGCGGCAAUUGUAUUUUAUGGCUCCUCUCACCUAGAAAAUGUUCGUUUAUAUUUAAGAGUAUGUUAGCAUUCUUGAAUAAUGUGAUCUGCUCAUUCCAAAUACUAAUUUCAUUUUGAUUUUCAAAACUGUCUAUUUCUUCAUGAUUUUUGGGAUCAUUAUCUAUCAAAAGGUUUCAUGAAAUUUCCUUUUUAAAUCAACUCCCAUCCAUUCUCGCUUGGAUCUAAAGAAACUAUGUAUUAAUUUCAUACAAUGUAAGGUUUAUUUUUUAGGUAAGGUUAUUUACUUUCAGUACCAUCUGAUAUUUCUAUUUUAUAUAUAUAUUUCUCUUAAUUUUAAGUUGGUUUUGGGUUUUCUGACCAUUGCUAAUUAUAUAGACUUAGGAAAUGGCACAUUCAAUGUAUUUCAAUUGUUUGCUUUUAAUCAAAAUUUCAGAAUGGAUGUGGGAUUUUAUAUCGAUUUCAGUUUACUAUCCGUGCCCUUUCUGUAUUUACAUGAUCACAAAAACUCAUGUAUGAUUCAGAUGAGAUAAAAUAUUGUAUUGUGAAAAAGUAUGAAGUAAUGGAGCUUUUUGCAUCAUCUUCAGUGUAAUUUUAUGUACAUUAUAUUUUAAUAACUCCAA